UACUUUUUAAAAAGACCUCAAAACUGACUUUUGGAAUCAUAACAAGAAGAUGAGAGAGAGAAAAACAGGAGAAAGACAACGCCUGACACUGAAUUCAGCUUUAAAUUAUAUGUUUGCUUUUUCCCCUAGAUAAAGAAAUAAAGAUCAUUGUUAAGAAAUGGCUGGCUAACAUUUACUGUGGAUACAUGAGGAGCCAGUAAAUCAAGGCUCAUAAACAAAAUAAAAUUGAUAAAAUAAGAAGUAAUUUAUUUAUUUAUUUUUGUCAUUUUAUAAAGUCAGUCAUUUAAUUUGAGCCUUCAGGAAAACCAGCUGCAGUGGUGUAGUGAAGAGCUGCAGACAUCACAACAUGUUCAUGUUUAUUACAAGUACUGUUUGUGUGUGAUGUUUCGUGAAAGUGUCACAUGGGGAAAAUGUGAACACUCGAGCACUCGAUUUCAGUUUUACAGCAUUAUCAGCUCCUAUGGGCAGAAAUUAUUUUCCAAAUGCAACUUUAGCAAACCUCGGUGCAAAUAUUGCUUUAUUUUCAUGAAAUUUUUAAUAUUUUAUCAUACUUAAGCAAGUGCAUUACCUCUGAAAAAGAGGGUUAUCCAACAAUUUCAUUUGCACCUGAAACUGCUAAUAUUAUGUCACUCCAAUCUAAGUAUCAGUUUCCUUUUACAGUUAACUGAAAAUAAGUACAUGUCUGUUGACUUGGUCCUCAGAAGUACCCAUGGAUCUCAGUGAGGAGGAGUCAGCCCCUCUGGUGAUGAGGGACCGGGGAGGCAGCCAGAGGUCCAGUUCUAGCACUGCUCUCUCUUUACAAGUACACCUCUACUUCUUACCAACCACGAAAGAUGCUACAACAAUACACAUUUCACCUGGCCAAAUCUCUGCUGAAAAUGUCUGUAUCCAUGCAGGCAAAAAAUGUGGAAUCUUACCAGUGUACCUAAGCCUUUUUGGUUUGGCAUCUUCCGAUCUCUCAUUUUGGUACCCUCCAUCACACAUUUUCAAUACAGAAGAAAACUUACAAGUACACUUUAGAGUCAGGUUUUUCUUUGGAAAUUGGUGUGGACAAGGACCAAGAACAUCAUCUCGCUACAGUCUGACCAGAGGCACAAUCAGUCCAGUGAUUGACUACAGUGUCAUUGAUUAUCUCUUUGCUCAGCUGCGAAGUGACUUUAUUGCAAGUGAGGCAGGGGUGUCUCCUCCUUUGAGUGCCCAAGAGGACUGUCUUGGUCUAGCAGUGCUGGACUUGUGGAGAAUGGCAAAAGAGCGCCAUCAGAGUGUAAAAGAGCUAUGCAAGGCUGUCAGCUACAAAUCAUGUCUUCCGAAGUCACAUCGCCAUGACAUACAGAAACGAAGCCGGCUGGAGCGUUAUCGAAUCCGAAACACCCUCAAGCGUUUUUUAAAGAAGCUUGGCAGCUGCUCUGUAGAUGAAUGCAGCUUGAAGCUCAAGUACCUGAUUGAACUGGCUGGCAUUGUACCUACUCUGGGAAGUGAAAUCUUUCAAGUGAACCCCUCUUCCUCCCAUUCGAAUUCAGCUUUCUCUCUCCUGCGGGUCGCUGGGGUGACUGGAAUUCAAAUCGCUGAAAGUUGUCAAGCUGAUGGUGCUCUGUGGCAGACCUUCUGUGAUUUCAAAGAAAUCAUUGACAUCAGUAUAAAAAGGCCUUGCCAUGAGCAGGCUCCCCAUGACAGCAGGAUGGUGACAAUAACCUGCAAAGAUGACAGAUGCUUGGAAGCCAAGUUCCAGAGUCUAAAGGAAGCACUUUCAUUUGUGUCACUUGUUGAUGGCUAUUUCAGACUGACCACAGACUCCAGCCACUACUUCUGUCAAGACAUUGCCCCUCCAAGUCUUAUGGAGGGGAUCAGAAACCAUUGUCAUGGUCCAAUCACAUCAGAGUUUGCAGUCAACAAGCUGAAAAAGUCAGGAUUUAAAGGUGGAACGUUCCUUCUGCGGCAGAGUCCCAAGGACUAUGACAACUUCUUUCUCACUGUUUGUGUUCAGACUCCUCUUGGACUUGAUUAUAAAGACUGUCUCAUUAUAAAGAAUGAGCACUACACUCUUCCCGGUGUCCAUAAAACAUUCUCCAGCUUGAGAGAGCUCACGAGCCAUUACCAGCAUAACAAGCUGUUACUAGCUGAAGUCCCUGUGAAGUUGGCCCGCUGCUGUCCACCUCGACCACAAGAGCUCACAAAUCUGAUCAUCAUGCGCAACAGCAGCUCUGUAGAGGCUCAAGGGUCCCCAGUACCCGAAAGGAACAAAUUCAGUCACAUCCAGUUCCAGAUGAUCAAAUAUGAAGACUUGAAAUGGGGUGAAAGCCUUGGACAGGGAUCUUUCACUCGAAUUUUCAAAGGCUAUAAAACAGACAUUCGUGAUGGGGAAAAACAAAUGACAGAAGUUUUCCUGAAAGAGCUGGAUUUCAGUCACAAAAACUGCUGGGAGUCAUUCUUUGAAGCUGCCAGCUUGAUGAGUCAGAUUUCACACAAACACCUCCUCCUUGUGUAUGGUGUUAGUGUUCAUAGAAUGAAAAACAUCAUGGUGCAGGAGUUUGUCAAGUAUGGAGCCCUUGACCUUUACUUGAAGAGAGGGAGACCUGUAUCAGUGAGCUGGAAACUUGACGUAGCCAAACAGCUUGCAUCUGUGCUAAUCUUUCUGGAAGAAAAGAACAUGGUUCAUGGGAACAUUUGUGCAAAAAAUCUGCUGCUGGCCCGAGAAGGUGACCCAUCACAGGGAAGCUCUCCGUUUAUCAAGCUUAGUGACCCAGGCAUCAGUGUGGUCAUGCUGGAAAAGAAUGUGAUCCUCGACAGGAUCCCCUGGGUGGCCCCUGAGAUACUGGAGACCCCAGAUAACAUGACUCUGGAGUGCGAUAAGUGGAGCUUUGGUGCCACUGUGUGGGAAAUUUUCAACAGUGGGAACAACCCGCUGCAAGGCUGGGAGCUGGACAAGAAGCAGCUGUUUUAUGAGACCUUCCAGCAGCUGCCUCCCUCCCAGUGGACAGAGCUGGCUGAUCUGAUCAGUCAGUGUAUGGACUACCAGGCAGCCUUCAGACCUUCCUCUCACAGUAUUAUUCGCCAACUCAACAGUCUGAUCACAUCAGACUAUGUGAUACUGCACGCCACUGAGCCUGUCACACAGAGCCCGGUUUGGAAAGUCCUCAACCCUGAUCAACACAGCCAGACAGUGUUUGAAGAGAGACACCUACGCUACAUCUCCCCUCUGGGAAAAGGAAACUUUGGCAGCGUUGAACUUUGCCGUUAUGACCCGCUGGGUGACAACACUGGUGAGCUGGUUGCUGUGAAAAAGUUGCAGCCCAACAAGCAGUCAACCAUGGAAGACUUCAAGAAGGAGGUCAACACCCUCAGUGUUUUUCACAACGACUACAUCGUCAAAUACAGAGGAGUCUGCUACAGCAUGGGUCGUCUCAGCAUGAGUUUGGUGAUGGAGUACCUGCCCUAUGGCAGCCUCAUUGGUUACUUGGAGAACAAACGACAUAGCGUCAACACGUGGCGGAUGUUGCUUUUUGCUUCUCAGAUCUGUAAGGGGAUGGAGUAUCUGCAGUCCCUUCGUUAUGUGCACAGAGACCUCGCAGCCAGAAAUAUCCUUGUGGCCAGUGAGUCGCUGGUGAAAAUCGCUGAUUUUGGGCUGACCAAGAUUAUUCCUUUUGACAAGGAAUACUACCGAGUCACGCAGCCUGGAGAGAGCCCCAUCUUCUGGUAUGCUCCAGAGUCCAUCACUGAGUUCAAAUUCUCCCACAAGUCAGAUGUCUGGAGUUUUGGAGUCGUUCUGCACGAGCUCUUCUCCUACUGUGACGUUAACUCAAACCCAAAACGACUAUGUAUGCAGGAGAUUGGAUAUAAUGUGCAGAGUCCAACCAUUUCAAUACAUCUGGCAAAUAUUCUGAAGACUGGCUGGAGGUUGCCAGCUCCUCCGAAUUGCCCGCCCAAGGUGUACAGGAUGAUGAAAGGGUGCUGGGCGUACGAUUUCAAUGAACGGCCGAGUUUCACCAGCCUGGGAGACCAAAUCGAGACUAUCAUGCCAGACGAGAGAGAGAACCUUAAAGGUUGACAAUUUCAGUUAUGUCCCAAUUUAGACUGAGUUCAGAUAGACACCCUGACAACACACACAUCAAUCACCAACACUCAAACAUGAAAGCAUUCACAGACUGACAACAGAAUUUCAGCAGUGUUGGGCACUCAUAAGUCUUAUCCGGACCAUUCCCUAAGGACAGCCAGAAAGCUCUAGAAAUAAUACAUUAAAAGAGUCAAAUCAAAUCUCCCUGAUGACUUAGACAGCUACUUAAUGUCCAAGAUUUUUGUAUAGUACAUUUCAUCAUACUUUCUUAUAGUCAAAUAUCAGUUUAACUGAGAACUCAACUGAAACCAGUGUCCAAUACAGAAUAGUAUCCUCAAAGUAAAAUGUUUAAAUAUCAAUAUGUGUACUGUAAAUAAUUCUAUUAUGUUGGUAAUAAAAAAAAAAAGAUCUGAAGCUCUGAAGGAUAUUUGUUUUAUGAAAAUGUAUUGAUAAAAAAUAUAUUUUGCAUUUAAUAUUUUCGUUUCUGCAUUUGUGCUGUGAUAAUGUGAUCUUACAGUGAAGAAUUUAUUGUAUUUUGAAUUCUUUUUCACAUAUGUUAUUAUGCUUAUAAUCAAUAAAUUUUGUGGGAGUAUGGUUUAGAAA